AAUGAACGUCAAGUUUUGAUGACGCAAUAAACCUCUUUUCCAAUGUAAUCUACAUCUAUGUAAAAAAUUAAACAAGCGUUUUUGAGAUGUUUUCUAUGAGCCUCAUGAAGUUCAUUUAUUACUCUAAAUACGGGGCAAGAACUCAUAGAUUAACUGCACAUCAGAUUCCAGAUGAAAUAUUAAAUGAUGAGAAACUCAAUACUGCAAUAAAACAGCUACCAGAAAAUUAUAACUUUGAAAUUCACAAAACAAUUUGGAAAGUUCGACAGACAUGCUCAAAGCGAGUUGCCUUACAGUUCCCAGAAGGCCUUCUGCUUUAUGCUUGUGUUAUCGCUGAUAUUAUUGAAAGCUUCACAGAUGCUGAUACAGUUGUUAUGGGAGAUGUGACUUAUGGUGCCUGUUGUGUGGAUGACUUCACAGCAAGAGCUCUGGGAGCUGAGCUACUGGUGCAUUAUGGGCACAGCUGUCUAAUACCAAUCACACAGACAGAAGGCAUCCAUAUGCUGUACAUAUUUGUUGACAUCAAGAUUGAUACAGUGCACUUCAUGGAGACACUGAAGCUAAACUUUGACCCUGGCACAAGAAUGGCAUUGGUCAGUACCAUACAGUUUGUUGCUGCCCUGCAAAGUGCCAAGCAACUGUUGAGUCCACACUAUACCGUGAUCACGCCACAGAGCAAGCCUCUAUCUCCUGGCGAAAUACUGGGGUGUACAUCUCCAAAACUCACAGACUGUGAUGUCAUCAUUUAUCUAGGUGAUGGAAGGUUUCAUUUAGAAUCUAUUAUGAUUCACAACCCAAAUCUACCAGCUUACAGGUAUGAUCCUUAUAGUAAAGUUUUUUCUCAAGAGUACUAUGACAUUCAGCGCAUGCAUAUUGUUCGACAGAAAGCUAUUUCUGAUGCUCAGAAGGCACAAAGAGUUGGUAUCAUUCUGGGCUCCUUAGGAAGACAGGGAUCUCCAAAAGUCCUCGAGAAUCUAAAGACACGGAUUGUAGCCUCAGGAAAAAAGUAUGUCAUUGUUUUGCUGUCAGAGAUUUUCCCAGAUAAACUUCAGCGAAUGGACAGUGUUGAUGCGUGGGUUCAAAUUGCUUGCCCCAGACUGUCAAUAGAUUGGGGAUCUGCGUUCAGCAAGCCUCUCUUGACUCCUUAUGAAUUGAAUGUUGCUUUGCGACUGACUGAAUGGCAAGAAACGUAUCCAAUGGAUUACUACGCCAACGACAGUCUGGGCCCGUGGACAGUGAAUAACGAAGCAAACAAAGCUAAAGUGAUUAGAAAACCCAGAAUCUCAUUAAAGUCAACACAAUGCUGUGACUCUAUAGACAAAACAAAAUGUGAUGCAUCGCCCAGUUAGAAAAAUAAAAAAAAAAACUUAAAAAACAAAAA